AUGGCUGAUCGUCAACAUGCUCAAUCGCCUUCAAGCUCGUUGCUAUCUCCAUCUGCAACGCAGAACUAUGUUGAUCAUGACCGUUCCAUACCUCGGUCACGGAUCGUUCUAAGCGACAGCACCGCCUACGAGCCCUCCCUCGAGCAAUACGAACCGAAGCAGCAAUGGCGAGAUGCAGCCGAGAAGAACCCGUUCAAGCUGUGGUGGAUGGAAAUGCUAUCAAUCAUGGUCAGCCUCGCCUGCUUGGGCGCAAAUAUAGCUUUCCUGGUGGCACUCGACAACCAGGAGUACAAGAGCUGGAAGAUUGCAAAAGCCAACAUCACACCCAACACCGUGAUAUCCAUCAUCGCGACCUUUACUAAAGCCAGCUUGCUACUGCCUGUUGCAGAGGUCUUGUCGCAGCUGAAAUGGCUGUACUUUCAGGCCCGCAUACAGCGACUUUCAGAUUUGCAAGUAUUCGAUGAUGCAAGUCGAGGCCCAUUGGGAUCUUUGAAGUUGCUUUGGAAGGUCAAUCGACACAGUGCGGUUGCAUCAAUGGGUGCUAUACUCACUGUACUCGCGCUCGCACUCGAGCCUUUCACACAACAGGUCAUUCGGUAUCCCACGAAACAAGCUCCGACGACAAAUGUCACAGCACUUAUAGGCGCAACCCAAGCUUUCGACCCCUCUGCAUUUGCAGGCAGCGCCAACGGAAUAGUGUUGAAAGCGAACGAGGUACAGCAGCUCACGGCGGCGAUAGACUCGGCGAUCAUUCGAAAGGCACCAGAUGCGAUGUUUACUUGCCCGUCGGGGUCAUGCACCUGGCCAGGCUUCUCUUCGUUGGGUCUGUGCAAUGAGUACCAGAACAUCAGCUCGGUCGUCAACGUAACGUGCGAGAACAAAGGCUCCGAUGUCAGCAAGAACUCGACAUAUCACCUGUGCAAUUACACCGCCGUGGAUGGCAGCUACGGCAAUCCGCAAGUAGACCCAAAUUACUCUAUCUUCGAUCAACCGGGUCUACUGAUAGGCUGGACUCUAUGGGCCACCAAAGGCGACGGCAUCUACCGCUCAUCCACGCAAAUGAAUAUCUCGCAAGAUCAAUCAUUGGACACGCGGGAUCCAAUGUUCGACAUUCUAUACUUCCAAGACUCAUACACAAGCGACGAUCCCAACGCACCGCAAAGUAUCAUGCCAGAGACUUUACGCAGCCGACUGACCUGGUGCGCCAGAUACUACGGCAGUACAGCGUUUUACAAUGGUUCCCUUCACGAUGCCCCCGACUUCAGCGCACCGCUUGUUUCGGACGGCGGAGCCUACGGCGCAAUCCAACCAGAUACUUCCAACCUCACGUCCUACGAAAUCAUGCUCCUCAACGCCACCGAUAACACCUACCAAAUCGACGGCGACUUCUCCGAGAUCUUUCGAAAUCUUCUCAAUUCGAUGCUGGUCAACGUCGUCUACCACAACGACUCAGAUGUCACGAACCUUGAUGUCUUCCAGGAGAUGCUGCCGACAGAGUAUUUCCAGGAAUUCUUUCAGACGGGCCCUGUACAGGGGAACAAUGAAUACCUCAAGGGCGUGGCGAUAUACUACGCCAGUAACGGGAGUAUUCUGGAUACGUUCGAUAACAUUGCGACCAGCGUGACGAACCAAAUGCGGUCUAGCUAUGCAUCGACGAAUAUCACAGGUACAGUUACUCAGACAGUCGUCUAUGUUCACGUCGUUUGGCCUUGGCUCAUCUACUCCAUCACCAUGACCCUUCUCGCCGCCGCGCUGCUCGGGGCGACGAUGUGGUUGUCAUCAGGCAAGGACAAACUGGUAUGGAAGUCUUCCAGUCUGGCGACUCUGUUUCAUGGACUGCCUGAUGGGCAAGCGGAUGGGAGGAUGUUGAGGAGAGUGACGAUGGAGAAGGCGGCGGGGUUGAUGCUUGCGAGGUUGGAGACGGAUGAGGUUGGGGCUGUGAAGUUGAAAUUGUUAUGA